AUGAAAUUAAUCACUCGCCCUAAGGGCACCCGUGAUAUUUAUCCGCCUCUUUCUUUGCUUUACCAAAAAGUUUAUCGCCUCGUGGAAGAAGUUUUAACUCGCAAUGGUUUUCAGCCAAUUAUCCUUCCUACUUAUGAAUACACCGAGUUAUUUAACACUUCUCUUAGUUCAGCAACUGACAUUAUUCAUAAGGAAAUGUUUAAUUUUUCUGACCGAAAAGGUCGAAAAUUAGCUUUGCGUCCCGAAGGGACAAUUAGUGCUGCCCGACUAGUUCUUCAAAAUAGGCUAUUUGUCUCCGGUUUCCCUUUGAAACUAUACUAUUGGGCUAACAUGUUCCGUUACGAACGCCCCCAAAAAGGCCGCUACCGAGAAUUUUGGCAAUUGGGUGUUGAACUAAUAGCAGCUUCGGGAGUUUGGGCGGAUUAUCAAAUGCUAAAAUUGGUGCGAGAUAUUUUCUGGUCACUGGGAAUUAAAGAAUUCACUUGUCAUUUGAAUUAUUUAGGUGACAAAACUACCCAAGAACGAUAUAAACAAAAACUAGAAAAGUUUCUUGCCACCACUAGCCCGGAUUUGUGUGCUGAUUGUCGCCGAAGAUCCAGCACUAACCCCUUACGAAUACUUGAUUGUGGAUUCUGUCGAGAGAAGUUUACUUUUCCUUCUUAUGAAAUGGCUUGGAGCGAAGAAGACAAAAAUUACCUAAACCAACUUAACCAAAUUUUAGACGACAAUAACUUUUCUUAUCAAUACAAUUAUCACUUGGUUCGUGGUUUAGAUUAUUACACUGGGCUAGUUUUCGAAAUCACACUAGGUCAGGAGAAGGCUUUGGUGGGUGGAGGUCGGUAUGACCGACUUUAUCAGCAAUUAGGGGGAAUUAGUUUGCCAGCAGUGGGAUUUGCCAUAGGUAUUGAUCGCUUGCUAAAUUAUUGCGAAGAAGAAAAAUUACUACCAGUCGCUCAAAAAAUUGAUAUUUUUUUUCUAGUUUUUGACUUUUCUGACUAUCCAAAAGUUCUAAUUUGA